AAAAUUUGUCAAUUUUCCUUGAACCGUUCGCAGCGCCAUUGUGCGGCGUUCACAAGAAUAUUCCUUGUGACGCAAUAGGAACUCGUCCUUUCCGUCGACCUACCGUGAGUGGAACAUGUCGCAUACAUCUGAACGAAGGAACGAUGAACAAUGGUCAGGAGACUCCAAAAAUGGACCCAGCGAAAGUGAACCACCCGCGUAUAAUGGGCCUCCAGGCAUGGAGCCCGAUGGAAUCAUUGAAUCGAACUGGGAAGUUGUUGUGGAUAAUUUCGAUGAAAUGAACCUUAAAGAAGAACUUUUGCGUGGUAUAUAUGCUUAUGGCUUUGAAAAACCAUCUGCUAUUCAACAACGUGCCAUCCUACCCUGUAUUAGGGGACACGAUGUUAUUGCUCAAGCCCAGUCAGGAACCGGGAAAACUGCUACGUUCUCUAUAUCUAUUCUUCAACAAAUUGAUACCAACAUUAAAGAGUGUCAGGCAUUGAUACUAGCUCCAACUCGAGAACUUGCACAACAAAUUCAAAAAGUUGUUAUCGCUUUGGGAGAUUUUAUGCAUGCAGAAUGCCACGCAUGUAUCGGCGGCACCAAUGUACGUGAAGAUAUGAGAAAAUUGGAUCAAGGCGUCCACGUAGUAGUCGGUACACCAGGCAGAGUUUAUGAUAUGAUCAGUCGACGAGCACUGAGGGCUGGUAGCAUUAAACUGUUUGUUCUGGAUGAAGCAGAUGAGAUGCUCUCGCGUGGUUUUAAAGAUCAAAUUCAUGAUGUAUUCAAGUUAUUACCCCAAGAAGUGCAGGUGAUAUUAUUAUCUGCUACAAUGCCAGCAGAUGUAUUGGAUGUCUCCAAAUGCUUUAUGCGAAAUCCAGUUCGAAUCUUGGUGAAGAAAGAAGAACUGACGUUGGAGGGUAUUAAACAAUUCUUCGUUUUCGUUGAACGUGAAGAAUGGAAAUUGGAGACCUUAUGUGAUCUAUACGAUACACUGAGCAUUACUCAGGCGGUUAUCUUUUGUAACACACGGCGUAAGGUCGAUUGGUUGACGGAUAAUAUGCAUCACCGUGAUUUCACGGUUUCUGCUAUGCAUGGAGAUAUGGAUCAAAAAGAAAGAGAUCUUAUUAUGAGACAGUUUCGAACUGGUUCAUCUCGUGUUCUUAUUACAACUGAUUUAUUGGCACGUGGUAUCGAUGUACAACAAGUGUCUCUUGUCAUCAACUAUGAUUUACCUUCCAAUAGAGAAAAUUACAUUCACAGAAUUGGUCGCGGUGGUCGUUUCGGCCGUAAAGGUGUAGCCGUUAAUUUCGUUACAGAGGACGAUAAGCGAACUCUGAAAGAUAUAGAGCAAUUCUACAACACCCACAUAGAUGAGAUGCCAUUGAACGUCGCUGACUUAAUCUAAGCACGUCCAUUGGCUAAAAUUCAUUAUAAUACGAAAAAAAAUAAAAAUUAACAAAGUAUUUACAAGCUUACAAUGACAACCCUGAAUGGACACAACUGCGCAUACUGUGAAAUCUAUCUCUUUCAUAGCGGAUAAAACAUUUUAGAGACCCAUUUGCGUCGGGAGGCAUACUACUACGCUCUAUUACGCGAAUGCAUUACACUAUUUGUAAUAUUAUUUAUUGUAUUAAGUUUUAUGCUGAUUUGAAAAAUAAAUCUGAUUCUUUAAAAAAGGGCUCAUCAUAUGAUUCCGAAUGUAUAUUUUCUUUGAUUGACAACGUGUGCUGAUGCAAUUGGGUCGAGGUACAACACACCCUGUGUAACAAAUAAUAUGAUGGUAGAUUCUACGUAAAUGUUUAGGAAAACGUAAACGUUUAACAAAAAUAAUCUUGCGUGUGGCAUUCAGAUUAAUUUAUUAUAGAUAAGAUUAAUGAGCGUUUAACAAAGAUACAUACAUCUAUAUGCGAACCACGUAUAAUUAUUUCCUUUGUAUUUUCUUCGAGAGUAUAUUCCCUGUUAUUUAAAAUUGACAAUUCUCGACGUUAUGUGAUAUCGUGUGAUUAGGUUCGUAUCGUAUUACCAAAAAAAAAAAAGAAAGAAAGAUAAAAAAAAAUAAAAGAGUUAUAAAACUUAAAUAAGUAUAAUCUCAACAAGAUUAGUUUGUUUUACAAAAAAGAAAAAAGGCUUUCGUGUAGACCAACGUGACGGAGAUGUAAAAUUUUCAUUAUCAUUGACCACAGGGGGAAGUUCUCACAGGUUUUAUUUUGUAUUUACAGGCAGUUUUGGGCUGAGUUCCAGAAGUGGGUGAGAUAUUUUUGGAAAUAAAGACCAGAUUUCCUGAUUCAA